AUGUUUUUUUUUCAGGCUGGCAAUUUUCCCGCACUUGUCCAUGCUGGUGUUUCAUUGAAUUAUGCAAGAAUCGCUCCAUGCGGUUUAGUUGACCCUCAUAUGCACCCGCGAGCAUCGUCGAUAGUAUAUGUUGCCAAAGGUGAAUUCCUAACUGGAUUCUUUCUAGAAAAUGGUAUCGAUUACGUAACGAAUACUGUGCACGAAGGACAAGCGGUUGUAUUUCCACAAGGAUCAGUUCAUUUUGAACUAAAUACAGGCUGUACUGAAGCCGUGUUCAUAGCAGCCCGCAGCAACGAGGAUCCCGGUUCUUUGGUUGCCACAGCUUUUAUGAAACAGUUUCAAGCAAAUGUUGUCGCUGCAGCAUUGGGAGAUGCUUCUGAAAAUCAAGUUCCAGCACAAGUGAAUGCUCUACCCGAUUUCCCAUCGCAGAACGUUCGAGAUUGUUUACUUAGAUGUGCAAAAAAAGAUAGUGAAGGACCCAAAAAAAAAGACGAUCAUUCGAAACACCAUUAA